AUGGUUGCUGUUGCUGAGGGUUUGCGCUCAUGUCAUGACUUUGGCCAUUUUUCUUCAUAUGCAAAGACAAUCGUUGUGUCAACUAUGGUGAUGCGCUCAGCUGUAGCAGGUCCCCUCUAUGCCCUUACUGAAAAGAAUCAUGCCCUUGUCAUAUCUGCUUACUACCAAAGCGCUGUGGAAGCAUCGAACCCUGUUUCUUCUGUUCGUCUAAAGGAUGGCAGAAUUGAUGCCAGGUUACAGCGGUCGCUGUUUCAAAGGACUUUUACUCAAAAUUGUCAUAAACUGCGAUGCCAUCCCUCAUGGUCUGCUCUUUAUGGGAUGGUUCAAUUGCCUAUUUGGAUGAUAAUGACGUUCGGAUUGAGAAACGCUUAUUGGCCUCCAAUGAUUCCUGAGUUUUUAACAGAAGGGCUAUCCUCACCAUCUACAUCUUUGUGCCUUAUUGCAGCUACGACCUUUGCGACAGGUCUCAAUGUUGAAAUUACUCAUUUGAAACGCGUUUAUGCGCAAACAUCGACUACUGUAGUGACGUCUGAUCCUAAACUUGUGAACCAGAACCGUAUCGCAAAUGUGAUGCCCGCUCGCAUGCCCUGGCAGUUGAAAUUCGCCCAUAGAGUUGGUCAUUUAGGCACGAUACUAAUUGCCCUCUUUUCCCCAUUCGCACCGUCUGCUCUCGUAAUUUUCUGGUGCUCGUCGGCGUCACACCAAUUGGCACUACACCUCCUCUUUCUCAGCAAUCGAGUCCGAGGCGUCCUGGGCAUCAAGAAAACUCCCGUAGACCCAAAGCGUCCGUACUUUGCUCUCUGGCAGAUCGCCAAGUCUCACUACCGCGUCCUCCAGCUGAUCAGUAACCGAAGCUAA